AUGGCACCAGUUGGGCUAAUGGCUCGUCUCAAGAGUCUGUACUCGAAGCAACAGGAUGAACCUGCGCUGUCUGACCAGACGGUCUUCUUUUUGUCUAUCCUACUAACACUACUCUACGUGGUGCCAUUUUAUCUCUCCCCAACUACCCGCCCAUCCCCCAGUCUCAGCCGCGAUGCCCCAUCCGUCAUUCGCGCGCGUAUCCGCGCCGUGACAGGCUCUUGUAUCGCGAGCUCUGUGGUUGUCCUCUGGCUCAUCGUUGGAGAGGGGAAUUCCUCUCUCGGUGCAGGUAUCAGGCUCCUCGGCUGGUGGCCUGUUGGCCUGCUGGAGACCAUCCGCAGUCUGCUCCUAACGGCGAUCCUAUUCACGGGGCCGCUCUUUGAGCGCGGCAUCGUCGAGGGCGAGUGGAAGUUCUGGUUCCGUCGUAGUAAGCUAUCUGAAAGUCUCGGCGGUUGGAUUGGCUGGCGAAAUUAUGUGGCCGGCCCCUUUACCGAGGAGGUGAUGUUCCGCUCAGCGAUUGUGCCGCUGCAUCUGCUAUCGAACACCUCGCCCGGGCGGACCGUGUUCAUUGCGCCGUUGUACUUCGGCAUCGCGCACAUUCACCACUUCUAUGAGUUCCGUCUGACGCACCCAGACACGCCAGGUUUGAUGGCUUUGUUGCGGUCACUUUUCCAAUUCGGCUACACGACCGUCUUCGGUUGGUAUGCAACUUUCGUCUACCUACGCACGGGCUCCUUACUUUCUGUGGUUGUCAUCCACAGUUUCUGCAAUUGGUGCGGACUGCCUCGUCUCUGGGGCCGGGUUGAGACUGGUGAGUUCAUUAGUCCCCCGAUGACUCGGAGCAAAGAGGACUCUGCUGGUGGUGUCAGGUUUGGUCGUGGUAGAUUGCAUAUUGGAUGGACUGUUGCUUAUUAUCUGCUUCUUGUGGCUGGGGCACUUGGUUUUGCUCAAGGUUUGUGGCCUUUGACUGAGUCUUAUAAUGCUCUGGUUUCCUUUUCGGAGAAUUCGGCUUAA